UUGCUGAAUAAAUUACGCGAACAAUAAGUUGGACGAGAAGCGAUCCAAGUCGAAAGAAAAACGCGAGAAAAGGGCGUAUCAUGGCUUUUGCAGUCAGAAAAUUUAGCAGCUUCUUAAGCCUCUUCUCUUUGCUAAACAUUUUCGUCUACGUACGAUGUUCUUAUAAAACCAUUGGCCCGUGUUUUUAUGAUAAUAGAAAUGUUAGCAAACUGAUAAAAUUGGACGGUGUUAAGGUCGGUUAUCAAAGACUUCUCAAUCUAGAUGACGAAAGCAAAAUGUACCACGUGACGACUAUCGCGAUGAAGCCUACAAUAUUUGAAAUACCAAAUUUUCUCUCCGACUGGGAGUGCGAACAUUUAAAAGAUCUUGCAAAGAGCAACGGUUUGAAAGACAGCACUCCAGGUCACGAUAUGGAGCUUUACAAAAAAGAACUCAAAAAGGCAAUGAUGCGAGCAGAAAAUGAAAACUAUGUUUUACAUCUACCGGAGUUCGUCGACCAUUUUCACGAAUGGGACGGAAAUGGUGAUACAUCGGUCACAAUGGACGAGGUGGAAGUAAUGAUUCAGAGAAGCAAUGGUCUUUUUUUCAACGAAAGUGAAAUUAAUGAAAUGUUUGACGCAAUGGAUUACUCGUAUUUUGAUGAUGGACAAAUGAACGAAGAAGAAUUCAACUUACUUCCUUUCAAUAAACUCGAUGCGUAUAUCAACUUCGUACAUUCCAAUCAUCCAUUCCAUAGACCCCGAUACAGCAAUCACACGUGGCUAACGAGAAAAAUUCAAAAUGACGUAGUGUUAAAAAAAAUUUACGACAGAAUCAUAAGGUUAACUCAAUUGCCACGUGAGCUAGUAGAAAGCAGUGAAAAUAUUCAAAUAGUACGUUAUGACGUAAAAGGUCAUUAUCAUGCACAUUACGACUCCACUCCAAAUGAAAUUGAUAAAAACAUAAUUUGCUGUCAUCAAAAUCAUGAUAAAAAUAAAGAUUGCAAACUGUGCAGGAUUGUAACAGUGUUGUAUUAUCUAAAUGAUGUUGAGCAUGGUGGAGAAACAGCUUUUCUCAUUGCUGACAACAAAACCUUAGACAUCAAGCAUUUGAAAUCUUUAAAGAAAAUGUUCAAUCUUAGCAAACACUGUCAUACUUCCAAUCUUGUUAUCCCAGCAAGAAAGGGCACGGCCAUAAUGUGGUACAAUCAUGCAGUAGACCCUACAUCUGGUUACCUUGGUGACAUGGAUUAUCACACGAUUCAUGGUGGUUGUGAUGUCCUCAAAGGACACAAGUGGAUAGCAAAUUUGUGGAUAAAUGCACCAACUAAAGACAAUCUAUAUGUACCAAGCAUAUUCUUAUGAUGAAUGUUUGUUAUGGAAAUGUAUACAAAUAUGAUACUUUAUCCAUCAAAACUAAAUUCAUCAACUUAGCAAAUUGUUUUGAUACAAACAAUGUUUCUCGGUCCUAAAUGCUAUCAUCUAUCUUGUAAUCAACAAUUUUCCUAAUAUAAAGACAAAAAAUGUGAUAGAUAAGAAAUAAAAGGUUAUAAUUACAUGCCAGUGGAUAGCUA